AUGCUGGAAAAAUAUUCAAUUGCAGUGAGGAACUAUGGUGUAGGUGUGCUUGACAUUCGUGAGUUAGAUAAAAAGAAGCUUCAAAAUGUCUGCAUGUCAAUAGAUGCUGUCUUGAAGGAUGCUUUUAAUCUUGAAUCUCUGUCGUCGACCAUUGGUGGGUACCUGGAACCUUUGCUGCCACCCCUUCGGCAUCCUCGUAUCUGCAAGUCCAGACGGAGUCGAAAAAGUUUUUUACUAAAUAUCGAGUAUCUUGUUCACGACUUUGGUGCGAUAUGCCGCAAUUUGGAAAAAACAUCCAGAACGGUGUUUCUUGACUUGGGCGCCUCGCUUGAAUUUCAUGGCGGAACAGAGAAUCCAGCAUUCUCGCUGAUUGACUUGUAUUCGAAAUUUGGGAUCAAGUUUGACCACUAUUAUGCGUAUGAAUAUACUUUGAUCCCUCCUAACAGAAUGUACGAGUCUGUCCCUCAAGAGCUCUUGCCCUCCUACCAUUGGUACAAUGUCCCUGUUGAAGAGCUGGAAACCAGCAAACGCAAUCCUUGGAAAUCCAUUCUAUCUGCCUACAAUGAAAAUGACUUGGUUAUAGUCAAACUGGAUAUCGACUCACCAGAGAUUGAACUUCCUCUCGUUCAUCAACUAAUGCAAGGAAACUAUUCGAGGGUCGUAGAUCACCUGUACUUUGAGCACCAUGUGAAAAUGGGAAGGAUGAUGUACAAUAGUUGGGGCAAAAAUUCCCAAGGGACUCUCCAAGAUUCACUUGAGUUAUUUACUCGACUACGUGAGAAAGGAAUUUCAGCACACUCAUGGGUAUAA